GCACAACCCAAGCUUUCGUUCCGUGCCCCAGUUCUGUUGGAGUUUGGCGGCCUAGAAGCAUGGAACUCGCGUUUCUGGGAAUAUUGAUUGCCGCCUUCAGCCUCGUUCCUCCACCAGCCAGAGUAUGCCUGUGAUUUUAGCUCGCGAUUGUUAAACCAGUACACUGACGUCUUGAUCGUUCGCAGGGCGAACUGGUGCCAAAUAAAGGUAAAUGGAAGGACCGUGGCCGCAGUCCGGAGUCCCCCGGUCAGUCCUUCUUAAUAAUUUAACGUGCAGGUUAUGUGAUCGUUCAGAACGGAUCGUUCUACCUCAAUUGCCGGAAGUUCGUCUUUUCUGGAUGCAACUCGUGGGACCUCAUGCAGAAUGCGAGUGGUCCAAACAGCAUGUGGACAGUACGUAUUUUCUUCCGCUUUUGUUUCCAUGCUCUGGCUCAUCGUCCUGCCGCCUUCGCCUAGGUGAACGCGACACUCGAUGAUAUGGUCUCCAUGAAUCUCUCAGUUGUGAGAACUUGGGGCUUCUCAACACAGUAAGUGAUCCAUUUCCUAGCCCUGCAUUAUAACGUAUAGCUGUACGCGUUCGCUAAUCUACACAGUUGUCAUUUCAGAGCAAGCUCACCUGUGCAGCUGAGCCCGGGGGUGUACAAUCAAACCCUACUAAGAGGGCUGGAUUUUGUCCUUGCUCAAGCAAAGCUUCGUGGCAUUAGAGUUAUGAUUGCCUUUUCCAACUUCUGGGGUAUGGGAGAUGGAGUCAAUACGGUACGCUUUCUCUCUUGAGGUUUGACUGCCCUUGCGUAGCUGUUGUGGUUUCACGUUCUUUUGAGUUUGGAUGCAGUACAUCAAGUGGGCUGGGCUGAAUCACACGGACUUGUUUUUUAACAGCACUCGCUGCCAAGGGUUUUACAAAAACUACAUGAAGGUCUGCAAGCAGACGCAGCUGAUUUGCGCCAAUUUGUUUUUUUGCAAACACCUACUGGCAGCUUAUUUGUGCGCAGAUGCUAGUUUCGAGGGUCAAUACCUAUAACGGCGUCAGCUAUUUGAACGAUACCACCAUCCUGGGUUGGAAUUUGCUCAACGAGCCAAGGUAUGUCAACUGAACGACACAUCUUCGUUUCAUUUUUGUGUGUGUGUGUCUCUAAUUCCUUGAUUGCAGGUGCUUUACCGAUGGCUGUCAAGAUUCUGUGCAAAACUGGACUGAAGUGAUGUCAACGUAUCUUAAGGUAAUUGUAGCAAUCACUUUUGUGGCCGAUACGUUAGCUCAACAUGGCUAAUCCUGUCUGUCUGUUGUCAGACAAUUGAUCCAAACCAUUUGGUUGCCACUGGUUACGAGGGAUUUUAUGGAGCAAAUCAAAAUCACACGUCAUACAAUCCAGGAGGUGAAGAAACAGCUCACUUGCCAUGGUUUCCGUAUGUGGCUUUAGCCUAACAUGUUCUGCCGACUUGCAGAGCCUUGGGGACAUUGGGCGACGCAGACAGGACAGGAAUUCAUCCGCAACAACAGAUUCUGGGCAAUCGACUUCGCUGUUGCACACAUCUGGUAUGUGGAGCAGUGCAAACUUUCUCAAAUUGUCUGCCAAUCUCACGUGCUGCAUUUUCCAGGUCCGAGAACUGGAUCGGAAACCAGCAGAACACAUCUGCAAAGCUCUCGUUUAUACAGGACUGGGUCACGACACAUAAUCAAGACGCUCGCGUAAGGGUGAUGUGGUCAAUCAAAGACGUACUGGUGUGGCAGUUUCUGUAAAACAUUUGCCCUAAUCGUUCUUGCCUGAGCAGGAUGUCUUGAAGAAGCCCCUGGUAUGGGAGGAGUUUGGAAUGCAGGAUGUCACCUUCAAUGGGACAUUCACCUCGAGAGAUGUGUAUGUUGAGCAUGGAUUAGUGGAAGCGUGCGAACACAUUACAUACUGUUCAUGACGAGCUUUCUGUCCUCUGGCAGGUUUCUGACUGCGAUAUAUAAUUCCCUUUACAACUCUAUUGUUGAAGAUGGAACUGUGCAGGGAGACAACAUAUGGGUCUUCAAGAGCCCAGGUAUGAAUGGACCUACAACCUGCCUGGCUGCACUAGUUGCUGCUCUUGCCAACAUUCACUUCAUUUUGCCAAUGCAGAUGGAGAGUUUGGGUACACCAUUCGGCCAGGACAGUCAGCAGCAAAGAUUGUGAAAGCCCAUGCUGAUGCUGUGAUGCAACACAAGCACAGCUUUGGUGAGCCCUGUUGAACUGCGAGAGGGGGGCCUGCACCUGAGUUGGCAUGCUUUGCCAGAAGUAAUUGUAGUUCUGCUUGGAAUAUGUUGAUAAGAGGCAUGCCUUCACGUGCUGUUGUGUAAGGAUGGGCUAAAUGU